AUGUCGAAAAAGGUUUCUAUCAUAGGUAAUGGAAAUUGGGGCACUGCAAUGGGAAGGCUUCUUGCAAACAACACCGUGGAGAGCACCAUAUUUGACAAGGACGUUAGGAUGUGGGGAUGCAGGGAGGAAUACGAGGGGAGGUUCCUGAAUGACAUUAUCAACAGUGAUAGAAUCAACCCCAGAUAUCUCCCAGGAGUCCAUCUUCCCGAAAACCUGAAGGCUGUUGAUGACAUAUGCUCGCUUGCAGACUCUGACGUGCUUGUUUUUGCUCUACCCCACCAAUACAUGGGGGCCAUAGAGCCAUUGAAGGGGUUGGUGAAGAGCAGUUGCAUCGGAGUGUCGUUGACAAAAGGAUUUGUUAGUGCAGAGGAUGGAGACAUAGAUCUAGUAAGCAGAUUGAUCCACAGGAUCUUAGAUAUAAAUGUAAGCGUGGUGAUGGGGGCAAACAUUGCAAGCCAGGUUGCCCAGGACAUGAUAAGCGAAGGGACGCUGGGAUACACUGAUGAAGAUGCGGCAGACAUAGUGUACAAGCUCUUCAACAGCUAUGCAUACCGAGUUACCAAGAUUAAGGAUAUAUAUGGCGUUGAAAUCUCAGGAACUCUUAAAAACAUUGUCUCAAUGGCAUAUGGGUUUGCAGAAGGUCUUGGAUAUUGCACCAACACAAAGGUAGCCAUAUUCCGAAAUGGAUUUGCCGAGAUGAGGAAGUUUUUCAAGUUUUUCUACCCGAUGGCCACUACAGAAUCCCUGUUCCAGUCAUCGGGGGUGGGAGAUCUCCUUGUAUCCUGUAUGUCUGGAAGAAAUUUCGGAUGUGCAAGACUCAUGGCAGAAAAGAGAAUGAACCUGAGGGAGGCUGAGGAGUCCAUGUGUUUUACGAAGCUCCAGGGGCCAGGCACAGCUCUCAUUGUGUAUAACUAUCUGAGAAGGCAGAAGAGAGUUGAUGAGUUUCCUCUUAUGAGCACAGUUUACAGAAUAUGCUAUGAAAAUGAGGCGUAUGAUGCUAUUUUAGAAUGUAUUUCCUCCGAGUCGGUCGAAAAAUAA